AUGAACAGGUUAGCUAGGGCCCAUAGGUCCACCAAAAUCCCCAACGUAAAGCUUCGUCCUGCUCAGAGGGGCUUGGAUGAUCCAGCAUCAUCUUCCUCCUCUUCCACCAAACGAUCUCGCUUGCAGGAUGAGCUGCAGGAUGACCUCGAGGAUGCCGCUCACUUCCGACGGAUGAGGGACGACGGUCACGAUCAUGGCGCACACCUCGACGCUGACUUCAUCGGCACUUCAGCACGACCGCUCAAAGGUGCCAUAAUCUCCAUCACAGGGCUUAGCGAGGUCAAGGCCACUCUCACGCAGUAUGCCCGCGAGCUCGGUGCCAGAGUCGAAGGGAACCUCACUGAGGAUGUCACUCAUCUCAUCGCAGACCGUCCGGGUUCCGAAAAGUAUCGCUUUGCGCUCCAGCUUGGCAUGCACAUCAUCAGCCCAAACUGGAUCCUUGAUGUCCGUCAAGCAUGGCUCGCCGGUGACGACGUAGAUGCCGAGCAGCUGGAGCACCAGCAUCGUUUACCCGCCUUAAGCAACACCACCGUCUGCUUCUCUGCCUUGACCGGCGCCGACCGGCGCAACUGUGUUGCCCUCGCACGUGAGAUGGGCGCCACCGUAUCAGACGAGCUGCGCUUCGAUGGCACCAUCACGCAUCUCGUCUCGGCUACUGCGGACCCCAACGCAUCCAGCAGCGUCCACCACCUCCUUCACUUUCUCGAUCGAUCCCGGCAUGGCCGCAACGGCACACGAGAGCAAGCCGCGUCUCGCAUCUUGGUAGUGCGUCCCGAAUGGCUUACCGACUGCCAAAAGGCUGAAGGAUGCCUUAGUGAGGCAACCUACUCGAUCUUUGCAAAGAUGCCAGACCAGAACGAGCGGGAUGCGCUUGUCGAGAAAGCACUCUUCAAGAUCCCCUCGCCCUUCGUGCGUCAGGAAGCACCUGUUGCGCUUCCGUUUCAAAGUCCAUUUGUCGCCUCAAGCCGCUCCAAACUGGCACUUGCUGAAGCCGACCCGUUGAGGCGCGGCUCACACGACGAUCAAGAUGGCGAUGUACAAGACGAUGACGACGAGCAACCCAUUACUCUGGGGUCAAGACAGAAAGCGGCAGCUGCGGCCGAGAAAUCCUUCGAUAACAUCCUCUCUCAACUCAGACACAACCAGACCGUCUCUGCAUCAGCGAAUACAGAAAGUGCUCGCGCAUCUCAUACAGCACCUUCCGACCCUUGCCCGUCUACGUCUGCUCAGCCUUCCGCUCCUGCUUCCGCUUUCGCCUCCAUCUCGACUCCACACAAGCCGCAUCGCAACAGUCUUCUGCGCAUCUCCCGUGCAUCCAGCUUCUCACCUGCUCCAUCCGCUUCCGCAAUCACUCCACUCAAUAUGCGGAAGAAUACGUCCAGCAACAUCACCACGCUCGUAACCUUGCCACAUUCGAGCCAGAACAGCGGCACUCAGGACACUAGGAGCAGCGGCGGCCUAGCUUGCUUCCACGGCAAGAGCUUCAGCAUUCGGUUGGACGACGCUCACCGCAAAAAGGUGCUCGAGCAAGUGCUACGAGACAACGGUGCCACUGUCGUCCGUCUCGAGUCAUCCGCCUUGCCCGACUAUGUCGUCGUAGAUCCGAAAGCAUCUGCUGUCUCGCUCAAGCCGCUCGUGGAGGCUGGAACGGUCCCAGUGCUGCACUUCUGGAUCGAGUACUGCCUUCAUCACGAGUUUCUCGUCGAGCCGAACGACUAUUUUGCCGCCUUACCCGCUCUGGUUCCCCUGCCGCUGCCCGAAGGCCACAAGCUGAGGCUACUCAUGCUCGGCUUCGAUCCCAAUUCCCCAGAGCUCUACCACGCCCAGAAGCUCGUCGCACAGAUCGGAGGUCGUAUUGUCAAGCAGUCCAAAGGAGAAUCCUUGACGCACGUAGUCUGCGCUACGCAAGAAAGCUUUGAAGGGAAGCGAGCUCAACGCGCCCGCAGCUGCGGCGUUCCCGUCGUUGGACUGGAGUUCAUCAUCAAAGCAAGGCAGACCGGCCUUCUCACCCCACCGCCUUCCUCUGUUGCGAUCGAGCAAUCUUCGUCAAGUUUGGCUUCGAGCAGUAGCAACAGCACAUCCGUCAGCGAGCGUCACGCAAGCCGCGAUGAUAUCGUCAAGGCUGAGCCUGAUCUGCCCUUGGCAGGCUGUACCGUGUCCAGAACCAAGGCGAUGGCCUCACAAAGCGUAUUGCUGGAACGCAAAGUUUUGCAGCUCGGAGCGUGCUGGCAGACACAGGCUGAUGGAUCCACGACGCACCUCAUCCACAAAGGCGCUGGCCUACCCCGCGAAGCAAAGGAAUUGGAUUCUGGUGCUUUUCUCGUCCACCCUACUUGGCUCGACAAGUGCAUCGAGCAAAAGAUCCGAGUGGAUGAAGGCCUGUUCCCGUCUUCGAUGGAUCCCUCCAAGUCGCUCCUAACGAUACUGUCCAGUUCCGAUGGGUCUGCCAGCGGCAACUUCCUUUCGCAAGCAUCGCAAUCUGCCCUGCAGCACAGAGCGGGAUCUCAGGGUCCACAGCCGAGUCAACAGACCCAGUCGGAAGUCAUUGCGGCAGCCAAGCCAUGGCAUCGUUCCAUUUCGGCUGACGCGGCGAGGCGCAGCGAAGUCAUCCACGUCGAUCAUGUGGGUGGCGACAGAGACGCGCGAUAUGCAAGAGGCCAGUCGGAAGGGAUCGAUCCAGCCCCAGAGGGCGUGGAGGAUGGCGGUGUGGGUCUGCUUCUGGAGGAUGUAGAUUUUGAUGCCGAUGUCACUCUCAGUGGCAAUGUCGCACAUGAUGGUUUGGGCGAUCAGAGCCUUCCAGCGCCGUCGAGCCAGACUCUGUUCGAGGGCGAGGAGGCAGAAGAAGAUGAUGAGGUCGGCGAAGUGCGCAGAGCAGCCGAGAAAACCGAUCAAGCCGAACCAAAGCAAUUCGAAGCCCUCGAAAAGGGACAGGACCAGAUGGCGUCAGCAGACAAGGUCAUCGAGCUCCUCAACCGCCGUACACUGGCGUCGGCCACUCGCAAAAAGAAUCGCUUGCCGCCGCGUGCUCGCAAGCAGCGCUCCGAUGAUGAACCCAAGCGCAGUGAGGAUGGAACGGAAGGGAUGCUGGCACCGGAAAAGGUGCUCGAGGCACAGGCGCGACUCGAUGCCCAACGCGCUGCCGAGGCUGCAGCUCAGGGAUACUCACUUGGCAUGGACAAGGAUAUCGGCCUACUUCAAACCACCCAGAUCGGUCAGAGCUUCGACGCCAGUGUCCGUAUCGUGUACGACGAUCCCGCCGCCAUGCGAGAGCGGACUAAGCUGCUCAAGAUGCUCGGUCAACAGCAACAGCCGCCUGUCCGAUCCGGCACGGCUGAUGACGACGAGAAUGCAGCAAAGACGGCUGGCGAUCACGGCGAUCACACUGAGGACAUUGAGGUGGAUAGCUUCGAUAGGGCUCGCAUCCGCGGCGCCGAGGACACCUUUGGCGCCGGUCGACGUCGCAAAGCCUCCUGGGAAAGCCGUAACAGCGAGAGUCCCACCAAACGACCCGUAGUUCGACGGCAGCCACUGGCACGAAGAUGA